UAUUAGUGAGGGUUGUGUGGAAAAGAAUGCAAACACAGAGAAAACAAGAAAACGAUGAAUCUUCAAUUGAAAGAAAAACAUUAUUGAAAGAAGCAGGAGAAGUCCAAGGGACAAUAAAAAAAGAAGAAACGGACGUCAAAAAUGAACAAAAGAACAGGGAUUAUGAUGCCCAUAUAGUUGGUGUCAAAAGUAAACCAAAAGAAAGAAAACAUUUUAUCAAGGAGGUUAGCUUUAGUAGUGAAUCAAAGGUGACAGAUACUGGUGUCAAAGAGGCCGGUCUUCAAAAUGAACCAGAGGAGAAUGAGCUUGUUUUCACAGAAACUGAUGCCAAUAGUGAACUAGAGGGAAGAGAGUAUAGUGUCAUAGAAACUAAUGUCAAAAGUGAACCAGAGGAGAGCGAGCAUGAUGUACAGGAUGAUUCCACAAUGGAAAACUUGGGUGAUUAUGAUCUGUGGAGGACAAAUAUAUCAGAUCAUUUUUCCAAACUGACUGAAGACGAGGUGUUUGUGUUAUUCUGUUUUCUGUGUUCUGACUCCGGUCCUCCUGACUUCACGGACACAGAAUGGCUGGACAUGCUUAAUGAGAUACGAAAGGACAUGUACGAUAAUGAGAAUCCUGUAACACGUGAUAAAGCACAGCAGACUCUGGACAGACUGAAGUCACGUGAUUACCUCUGGGUAAAUCAGGACAAGAUAACGAAGGACACAGAGGUUGAGACAAUGUAUAAGAUAGCAUCAUUAAACAGCCAUAUACCAUUCCUUUACUGUAGUUAUAACACAGUCAGUGUUUACCUGAGAUCACGCGGAUACAACAGAAAACCUGGAGAGAAGUGUAUCAUUAGUGAUGACAGUGUCCUUGAUGCCUUUCUGGUACGCCGUCUACAGAUGAACUUACUGACUCAUGUCAUCAUGGAGGACAUAGAUAUAUAUCAUUGGAUAUACCUCAUAUUGGCUGUUCCAGAAAAUAUAGUAAAGGAUAGUAAAGAUAAAAGAGAAAAAUAUUUAAUUGAUCUAAGAACAGAAGGAGAGCCUCUACAUGUUAGUGGAAGAUCGCAGAACAGUGCAGAUCACGUGACGUGGCUCUGGAGAUACAAGUAUGACGCGGGACCAGCAAUCGUGAGAUCCUGUAUAGGCCUCCAUCCACACUGGGACAUUUAUAUCAUUGACAACAAAGCUUACAGAAAACCAAGUAAAUACCAUAACUAUAUGCCAGAAGUCAGGAGUUCAUUGUAUAGUUUACUUAUGUUUGAGAAAUAUCAGAAUCUCAAUGAACAAUCCCACAAAAACAAAAGGGAUGAAAUCAGACUGAGAUAUUUCCGUGACAUUACUGAUGACGACGUGGUAAAUCUUCCUUACGGAAUCACAGAAACACGUGACGGUGUGAUAACAUUUGUAUCAGACGACAUCCGACAUGACGUAAUGUACGCCUUUGUUACGGAGUGUCUGGUGGAGGAUAGUGAUCUGGAGUUUUUCCUGACCACGGCGUCACGUGACGUGAUAUCAGAAUACUGCCGUUCGUGGCAUUAUGAAAGGCGUGAGGGAGAGAGAUGUCUGUAUGUACCGGACAGUCCUGAGAAGAUGUACGACCUCUUCAUAGACAAACUACAGCUGGACAUUAUCACACACCGUACGUUGUCUGAUAUGACGUUUCAUAACAGGAUCAGUGAACGUUUGGGAGUCCCUAGAGAAGUACUAGAUUGGGACCAGGAGGCCAGAGAGCGGUAUGUUGAGUAUGCUAAGAAAGGAACACAAACAGUCCACCACGCCCGGGGGAUGAUUGUGGGAUGUGCUGGGGCGGGCAAAACCACACUACUUAAACGUCUACUUGGUUGUAGUGAAGAAGAGAUUAAUGAAGUAAAAUCUACUGAGGGAUUGGAGGUGCACGAAGAAAUAUUUGAAGUUUGUGAUGAAAAAAAUUCUUUGAAAUCCAGGAAAAAAUGCAAAGACGACAAAAAUGCAGAAAAUUAUAUAAAAAAUGAUAAUGAAAAGACUCUGACUUUCUUUGACUUCGGCGGACAGUGUGCGUACUACGCCUGUCACCAGAUUUACCUGACCAGGAGAGCUUUCUAUGUUGUGGUGGUGGACGCUUCUAAACUUCUUGACCAGAAAGUGGAAAAGGCAGUAUGUGAUCAAGAUGGAAGCGUUUUCUCUGGAUGGACGUAUGGAGACUACUUUGCAUUCUGGAUUAAGUCCAUCCACACUUACUGUGGUUCAGACAAUGGAAGUGACCCAAAACCAAUUGUUCACAUUGUAGCGACACAUUGGGAAGAUGAAAACAGAAAGUUUGAGACUAAAAAUAACUUCAUGGAGAGUCUUCGAUGCCAGUUUAAUAAAUUUUCUAAAUUAUCACAGUACAUCAGUAAAGAUAAUUGUCACUGCGUACAAUUUGGUUCUCCGCUUUAUGAUUUAGAAAGAUGUUUCUUCAACAUAGCUUCCAAUCAACGAUGGAAAGAAAACAUUCCAACGGAAUGGUCUUUAUUUGGAAUAGAAUGUAAUCUGAAAAAAAUCCCCAAAAGAAUAAUUAAGAUUUCAGAAAUAACAACGACAUUCCCAGAGAUUGCAGCCAAAGGACAGAAGAGUUCUGAUGAAGGAGCGAAGGGGAGAGAGGAUAUGUUACGAUAUCAUCACGAUGCCGGAAAAGUUCUACAUUUUCAUGAAAAUGGUUUGGACCAAGAUGUAAUUAUUGAUGUGCAAUGGUUUAUUGAUGCCUUCAAACAUAUCAUCACAGAUGAGCUUCAUUUCAAAGGUAUUCCUGGGACUCGGGGGGACUGGGAUGAAUAUUACAAAACUGGGCAUUUGCGAGACCGACUUCUUAUAGAGAUCUGGAAGCAUGAAGAUAAAGAAUUAUAUGAAAAGCUUCAGAAAGAGAAGGGAAUUUACUCUUUUAGUGACAUUAAUUAUGAGGAAGAUGAACGAUUUCUACAAUACCAUAAAACAGCACUUCUCACUUUCAUGCAAAGACUUGGUUUGCUGGUUAUAGGUAAAGAAUCCUACUAUGUUCCUUGCAUGAAUCGAAAAGAAGUGGAAGAAGAACUUUCAAAUCUCAUUAACGAAUCGGAGAGUAAAUCAUCUGUUCUUAUUUAUCAAUUUGAUUUUCUGCCAUUUUUCUUGUAUUUUCGUCUUGUUGUUGCUUGUAUGCAAGAAAAGGAUUGGAAAGUACGAGAAAGUAAGGGUACAUCUUGUCUCUUCAGAGACGCAGCUUUGUUUUCUUAUAUGGGGUACUACAUUGUUUUAUCUGUCACAGAAGAUUCCAUACAACUUCAAGUAAUUCAUCCUAUACCGGGAUGUACUUUGGAAAGGGAAAACACAAGACAUAUUCAAGAAAGAGUAGAAGAAAUUUUAGAUAACUUGGUGGGAACCUUCCACAGAAAAUUAAAGUAUUUAAGAGGCUUUAGAUGUCGAAUAAAUACAAAUAAAGUAAUUGCCAUGGAUAUCAAGGGGCAUUUCAUACCUGAAAAAGACCUUCCAAGUGUAGACCAACCAAUUAUGUGUCCUUUGCAUUCGAUUUCUGAUAGGCAUAUCAUCAAUCCCACUGAAUUAACUGAAUACUGGAACGUGUGGAGAACAUUAACACAUCAAACAGAUUGGAAAUAAAAUAAUUUUCACUUAUUGUUUCCAAAGCUAAUCAUUACUGUAAAAAAAUUCUAAAGUUCACGGACAGUUUUUUUUAAUAUACAUGUAAUAUAUAUAAUAGCCAUUAUAUACAUGUAAUAUAUGUAUUUAUAGGCUCAAAUCCACAUGUUGAAAGAAUAGGAGAUUAAAACCCUGUAUUCUAAAGAUCCACUAUAGAAUUAAUUUAUAAAUGACUUUAAUUCUUGGCCAAAUUGUUCGAUUUAUCAUAAUCUGGUUUCGGACAGAACGUGUGGAGAACAUUAACACAUCAAACAGAUUGGAAAUAAAAUAAUUUUCACUUAUUGUUUCCAAAGCUAAUCAUUACUGUAAAAAAAUUCUAAAGUUCACGGACAGUUUUUUUAAUAUACAUGUAAUAUAUAUAAUAGCCAUUAUAUACAUGUAAUAUAUGUAUUUAUAGGCUCAAAUCCACAUGUUGAAAGAAUAGGAGAUUAAAACCCUGUAUUCUAAAGAUCCACUAUAGAAUUAAUUUAGAAAUGACUUUAAUUCUUGGCCAAAUUGUUCGAUUUAUCAUAAUCUGGUUUCGGACAGUUAACACUGUUUUAUAAUCCACUAUUAGGUGAUACUCGAAUUUGGCAAAGAAUUACAUUCAUUUGAUUAACUUUAUUUUAUCAUCAUUAAACAGCUUUAUGUGUAAAAUGUCUUUGCUUUUUGUGUUCAAAUUUGCUUCUUAAGGACGUUCGACCCUGGGAUUUUGAGCGUAUUUUGGUCAGGUCCUUUAUCUAUA